UGUCUUCUUCCUGACUUUACGGUGGUGCGCAUCUCACCGACCGGGAAUACCGAUUUCUGAACAUUUCGGCCUUUUCCCUCCGCUGCACCGUAAAGCCGCGUUUUCGUGCUGCGGCUUGCAUUGGCGUUGUGGGGUUAAGGACAGGCUCUGUUGGUCGGUAUUAUGACAGAGGGAGAUGACACACAUCCAGAGGGAGCUGUGUUUGUUUUGUAUGGCGAAAUGAGGAUGAGGCAGGGGGUGGAGAGUCGCCACAGAGACGCUGGGUUCCGUCCAAACAUCACCGCAUUUUAGCACUUCUUCAGUGCUCGGGAUUUGCGUUACACGGCAUCUGCUGCACCGCUCAUUUUUUCCCUUUCUUGACAGUGCAUGGUGGAACAUGCAGCUUGUUUGAGGACACCCCCCUUCCACAUACCCAUUGCUGCCAUGAUAGGCAGAGGUCUCCUCUCGACCGUGGCUCGGCCGGUUGGAGAAGAGGCAGAUUGAUUUGGGACGGUGGGUCAUAUCUGCGGAUGUUAUUCCGUCUGUGGAGCCUGUAAAUCUCAUCCGCGCGCGCACACCGUGAUUCUUACUCAGGGAAAAAAAAGGAGAAAGAAAACAACAUGUCUUCUCGAUCUGCAUUACCGUCUGGAAACGACAGGAGUAGUGGAGACCAUCAUGUGUCACUGGGGGCCAGCCGCUCAGAUAAGGCCACCAGCCAGUCCAGCCGCUCUCUGGGUGCCCGGUGCAGGAACUCCAUUGCCUCUUGCUCUGACGAACAGCCGCACAUAGGCAACUACCGCCUGCUCAAGACCAUUGGCAAAGGAAACUUUGCCAAGGUCAAGCUAGCCCGCCACAUUUUGACGGGCAGGGAGGUUGCAAUAAAAAUCAUUGACAAAACUCAGUUGAACCCAACCAGCCUACAAAAGCUUUUUCGGGAGGUACGGAUAAUGAAAGGCUUAAAUCACCCAAACAUAGUGCAGCUUUUCGAGGUGAUUGAGACGGAUAAGACCCUUUACCUAGUCAUGGAAUAUGCCAGUGGAGGUGAAGUUUUUGACUACCUCGUGUCUCAUGGGAGAAUGAAGGAAGUUGAAGCAAGAGCCAAAUUUCGACAAAUUGUUUCUGCUGUCCACUACUGCCACACGAAGAACAUUGUCCAUAGAGAUUUGAAGGCAGAGAACCUUCUGCUGGAUGCCGAUGCCAACAUCAAGAUUGCCGACUUCGGCUUCAGCAAUGAGUUCACCCUGGGCAACAAGCUGGACACGUUCUGUGGCUCACCGCCCUAUGCUGCGCCUGAGCUUUUCCAAGGAAAGAAGUAUGACGGGCCCGAGGUAGACGUCUGGAGUCUGGGAGUCAUCCUCUACACGCUGGUCAGCGGCUCGCUGCCCUUUGAUGGGCAGAAUCUGAAGGAGCUGAGGGAGCGCGUGCUGAGGGGAAAGUACCGCGUGCCCUUCUAUAUGUCCACAGACUGUGAAGGCAUCCUUCGCCGAUUCCUGGUGCUCAAUCCCGCCAAACGCUGCACACUUGAGCAAGUCAUGAAGGACAAGUGGAUAAAUGCAGGGUACGAGGGGGAUGAACUGAAGCCUCAUAUAGAACCUGUUGAGGACUACAGUGAUCCAGCUCGCAUCGAGGUUAUGGUCGGGAUGGGCUUCACUCCAGAGGAAAUCAAGGACUCUCUGCUUAAUCAAAAAUAUAACGAGGUCACCGCUACCUACCUACUGCUUGGCCGCAAAGGCGAUGACGGCAGUGACGCCCGCACUGCUAGUAGCCUGUCCCUGGCGAGGGUACGACCCAGCCCUAUCACCAACGGGACCAACAAGCACUCCUCAGCCACUGGCUCCUCCUCUUCCUCCACCUCUUCGUCACAUAGCAAGACUCAGCGUAGUGCCUCCACCUACCACAGGCAGCGACGACACAGUGACUUCUGCGGGCCCUCCAUGCCCGUCAUGCACCCCAAGCGAAGCCCAACCAGCACGGGCGACCGGGAACUGCGGGAGGGAAGGAUGCCUCCGCGCAAGGCUAGCUGCAGUGUGAUGGGGAGCCGCAGCCUGCCUCCCUCUAGUCCAAUGGUUAGCAGUGCCAACAACCCCAACAAGUCUGAAAUCCCAGACCGUCGCAAAGACAUGACUGCCACCACGAAUAACAUCCCCGGAAGCGCCAUGACACGCCGGAAUACAUAUGUGUGCACCGACCGUUCAGGAACUGAUAGACACUCUCUUCUGCAGAACGGCAAAGACAACAGUUCCCUGGGCCACCGCAUGCCGGCAGCGUCUCCCUCCACGCUCAGCAUUUCUGCAGCCGGAGCUACAGGCUCAUCUUCCUCCUCAGACCGAUGCCGCCUGACUCGAGGCUCCACAAUCCGCAGCACCUUUCACGGGGGACAGCUGAGGGAUCGUGGUCCCCCGGUCUACUCUGCCCCGCCCACUUCACCCACUCUGUCGCACCACGACGCAAGCCCAUUGACCCAUGCCCGCACGAGGGCCACCUCCAACCUCUUCACCAAGUUGACCUCGAAACUCACUCGCAGGGUCACAAAUGAAUCUGAGGGAAUCAGGAGAUUUGCGGUCACAAGUUGCCAUCUACCUGGGUAUCAAAAAGCGUCCGAGCCCCGGGCCGUCGGACGUGGCUGGGAUCUGAGAGGCGGCGGGCGGCGGGACCCUGCGGAGGUGGUACUGGCUCUGCGGGAGGCAGCUCUCGGAUGUGGCUGCCAGGUCCACCAUGCCGGCCCCUUUCUGCUCUCCUGCACCCACGGCGUGGCAGGGGGCCGCGUGGCUUUCGAGGCCGAGGUGUGCCAUCUUUCCACAGGCACCUCUGAGACUUCUAACGGGGUGCGCUACACGCGACUCUGGGGGGCGCCGUUAGCUUUUCGGGACAUUGCCACCCAAAUCUCUAAGGACCUUGAACUUUGAUCGAGAGGGUGCGUUUGCAUACGAGUGCGUGGUUCCGUGUGAGUGUUGAUGUGUGUGCGCAAAGGAAAUCAAAAAAGGAAAACAAAAAAACAGAGAAGAGGUGAGGGGCUGGACCCGAAAGAAAAGACGUCUCCUUCUGUCUCUUUCAAGACUAACCUCCCCCCUGCACGCACACAUGCACACACACACACACACACACACACACACUGAUAGACACACACCUGAUCCGUAAAGUCAUACAGACUAAAACAUCCACCCUCCUACCCCCUGCCCCCUUCUCUCUCCACCCUACCCAACACAGCUCAGCUUUCCCUUCCCUGAGCUACUGCUCCCACUGGACCUGGAUCAGAUGGAAUAAGUUGAAUAUUUUUUAUUGCUACUCCUAGCCAUAAUGACUCUUUAUUUUGUUAUUUAUUGUUCUGGUCAUUGUUUUUACUCACUGUCACUUUCACCACUGCAGAAAAUCACCUCCUGUCUGUCUGACAUCCUCGUCCAUCCUUUUUUUAACACUUUUUUUAAUAUGUCACCUUUACAUUGUGUUACUGUUUUGUUUUUUUAAUUUUUAAUAUUCCCCCCUCACCGAUAGUUAUCCUGCUGAUAUAGUAACAUGCACAAACAAGGAAAUGGUCCAACUCAGCAAUCAGACGAGCAGCCGCAGUGUUACGUUGCUUUGAGUCGGGUAAAUACAGCAGUGACAAACACGCCGGAUUAAGGUCAGGGGAUGGGGUUGAUGGGCCGUUGAAACAGCCAGUCAGAAGCUUGAGUGCAGCACGGAGUUAUGACCUCUCAGUCAUAUUAGUUUCUCUGAGUGACGAGAGCAGACGCUUCAAAUUUAGCUAAUGUCGGUCAGUAGUAACUGUAAGGUCAAGCUCCAUUUUUCAGCCUUCUUUAACGCUAAAUCAGUCCAGCUGAUUUCCUCCUUUUAUUAUCCCAGCAAACAUUUCAGUGCUGAGUUAGAUCAAUGUUCAUUCUAAACAUCCAACAUGGGUUGAAAAAUAGUUCCAAAGUGAAAAAUGUGCUGAUUACAAAGAGCGGACAAAACAUUCUCACCACGAGGGAAACAUUUCUUAUCCUAAUCAGGUGAUCAUUUAUCACAGAGAGUCAUCAACAAAAUGCUUUUUCAGACAUAAACAAGGCGAUAACUAAAUAAAAGCUAAUGCAGGAGGACAAAAAGUGUGAUGAAAUGCACUUUCAUCCACAGAUAAAAUUGAUAUGAAAACAUCCUGGAGAGAUGAGGUCCAAUCAGAACUAAUGAAGUUGUGUAGAAGUGUAGAAAGGUUAGAUGCGCAUAUAUGAUCUGCCACUGUGAAAUGGUACAACUACGUUACAGCUAGCUGUCAUGCUCCCUGUUUCUUAUGUGAGAAUCAAAAUAUCCAGCGCUUGGGAGGAAGAGAAGAUCAGACAUGUGGACACAUUUUGCAUUUGAUGUCAAAGAAAAAAAUCCUUUGGAAAUGGUGUGGAGCAACUGUUACCAGUCAAAACUAAAUCUAAACCAAUUUAUGACACCUAAAUUAUGACUCAAACUAUGUUAUGCUUAAGUCAAAAGGCUAUCAGUUACUGUCAAAAUUAAGCUGUCAAUCACGUGGGUUGAAAAAAGGGAAGACAGAUGGUGCUCUUUUCCCAUUACCGGUAGUAACCAAGUUAUAACCUCCAGUAAUGAAAAAAAGUUUAAGUGCCAAACACUGCAGUUCUUCUAGUGGCCACUUGAGGCAGGCUCCAAAUGUGAAUCAAUCUCCAUAGACUCUCAUCUUCUUCACAGCACUUAAUAGCAUGCUUGCACUGUGGUACAGAAACAGUGUUGGCCUUUACAGUCCCUUUACAGAUGUGUUUACAGAUGUGCAGCUGUAGUUAAUAUGUUGUUGUUAAUAUGAGCUACUGAACUGGAUCUUUGAACUAUGUUUGUGGUAUUGGUACCUUUUAGAUAAUUUAUAAUGAAAUAAUCUGGCAAAUAAUAUAGCAUUGCCUGAAUAAUCCAAAAACCAAUAGGUCAGCCACAGAGGCUGUAUCCAUGUAUUAGUCUGUAUUACCUGUAUGCAGUCCACUGCAAUAAUGUGUGGGCAAAAAGAUUCUAUUAAGGCAGCUGUCACAAAGCUACCAUUGAGUCUUCAGAAUGCAAAGCUAAAAACCAUUUGCUGAUUUCACUCUGGCUAUGUCCAUCAUUUAUAUUUCAGUAUGUUUGCUGGGAUAACGCUCUUAAAUUAUUACAUAUGAUAAUUCGGUGCAGUAAGUUGUCCUUAAUGACCGUCUAUAAUAAAUACAGGAGCUAAAAUUGGCUAAAAUCAAUGUCCUUCAGUAUUUGUGACCGACCCCCAACCGAGUCAUUUAGAUUUCACCAACCUUCACUUUUCUUUAGCAGCCUUAUAAUAAGUCAGUUGUCAUUAAAGCAGAGGUGGGCCGUCACUCACCCCACCACAGACUUAGAGAGAUUCAGUAUUUCUGGUGUAUUUUCAGUGCAGGGCAGCUCUUCUGCCGCUUCUAUUCUGUGCCGUGCGAUCUCACCUCAGUCGUGAUCUCACUUUAGUCAUCGCCUCAGUUCUGUCGGUGGGAAACGCCAAAAAGUGGAUCGGCCAAGCAGCAGCGCAAGCGCUUGGAUUACACACUCGCCGUCACACACACAGAGGCGGCGUGCACUCUAACGCCCGCCCUCUUUCUUUUUUCUUUUUUUUUCUUGUGGUACAGUGUAUUAACUGCUCUGUCCAUUACUGAUGACCGUGGGGAUCAGGGGAGGGGGGAGCGCUCUGUAUUCGGAAAGGCACGACGAAGGCAGUGUGGACAGUGUUUUCUUCUUGUUAGUCCAGUUGCCUUUAAAGUGAACUACCCCCAGCGCCUUCAUACAAUACACAUUUAAUGUAAAAAAGUAAAAAAAAAAAAAAAAAGAGAGAGAGAAAAGUGCGAGAGCUUUCUAUUCUCCCUCCCUGUUUUUAGUGAAUAAUGUACUGUGAUAUUUGCGUAGGCUACAGAGAUCAUAUUGUUUGGCUGCUGAUUUACUGUUAAUACUGUCUCUCAGUUGUGGCUUUGCUCAUGGUGACCUACCCCCACCACCCAGCCCCACCCCAUUCCAUUCCCACCCCUACAUUUUACAGGGAUCGCUGACCUUCUGUUCGCCGCCUCCAUACGUACCGCCAACUUUAUCCGGUCGAGCAUUCGUCUUUCUUUAUUGCAGGGAAAUGGUCAGCCAUCAUCCACUCUCUCACAUUGUUCUACAUUUUUCAGUCCAGUAUGGUGUUUGCUGUUUCACGUAGCCCAGCAGGGGAAGUCGAUGUUGACCUGCCCUCCCCCUCAGGGUGAGAAGCAGACACCAGAGUGGACACCAGGAGUCUGUCCUUGUCCUCUCCCUGGACGUUUCUCAUUGUGGUGUAUAUUAGCAUUAGGUAAUAUAGACCUCAAUGCACUUUGCUUUGACUUGAAUCAGCUCCUUCCAGUGUACCUGUAUAGGUAAUACCCAGAACUAGCCACUGGAAGGCGCCAAUGUCUUAAAUGUGAAACACUUCAAUUUGUGGAUAUUUGCACAGGUACUUUAUUUAUUUUUUAGAAUAAUAUCAUUAAAAAAACAGGAUUUAUAUCAGUCAGUUGAUGGCUGUAUAUAAAAUAUAUGAAUAUAGUAUAUAUCUUAGAGCUCAAGGUUUAUUUAUAGCUAGAGCAAGGGAAGUAAUUCUAGAUUAAAGCAGUUUCUGUCAGUGAUAAUGGGGAACAAAACCAAGCUGCAAUCUUGCAUGAGUUCAGAGUUUGGGUUAUACUGGAAAAAAUGAAAUGUGAUGCACAUCUUGGACUGGAAGCUUUGUGAAAUGCAGACACACACAGUCACUUUUCAGACUUGAGUUGCUAAAUGAAAUGCCAGAAUAUCCCCCACCCCCUUUCACAAAAAGUAACAGAAGGGCUCAUGUGAGACACAGUAACUUCACUCCACCUUGUUGCAACAGGAUAGCUUCAGCACUCAUUCAAGAGGGCAUCUUGAGUUUAUAGAAGUCUUUGGAUAUGCCGUAAAACAUACCACAGCGUAGAGUAUGAGGUGCAGCCAAAGAAUUACAAGACUUGUUGCGGUGAAGAAGACAAGGUCGCAGAGACGCAGCUCUGUGUUGCAGAGCAGGCAGUGAGCAACGAUUGUGCUGGUAUGGUCCAAACACUUGCACGUGCAUUUGAGCUGAUUGUUCUGUAGUAGGCUGUUACUAUAGAACUCUACAUUGGAAAUACUCAGUUCAGUUUGAUUUUAUUUAUAUAGCACCAGAUCACAACAAAUUCGCCUCAAGGCGCUUUAUGUUGUGAGGUAAAAACCCAACAAUAAUAUGACACUGAGGGACAAAUUCAUGCCAGAUCCUGGGUCUGAAUGUUGUGUCGAAGAUGCCCACAUACUGCCUCAGCUCCAUGGUACAAAGUGCAAAAGCCUAUCUACAGAACUUUGUCUAUCACAGGUUUUCAUGUUGAUAGAGUGACAAAAUGUGGAAUCCCGUUUCAUAAAGUCCUACUUGACAUUUUUUACGUACACAUGACCGUACCAUGCUGCACAACAGGAGUCUGUGAACUCUUUGAGUGCACCUCAUACAUAAGAAAAAUGAUUUAGAUCUUGCACGAGGACAGCUGCAGUUGGAAUAAAUUGUGCAGUUUGACUCCGUUUUAACUUGAAUUUCCAAGUCCCUGUCUGCAUUCAAGCCAUAGAAACGUUUCAGGUUGUUUGCUGAGCAGUUCAGCUGGAAUUUUUGAACUAAAUGGGUUGAAAAAAAGAGAAAAGCAAAUAACUUAUGGUUAAACAACUCACUCAUAGUAUAAGAUGGAUGAAUCAGGGGGAUUCUACUGUGAAGAAUUCUCAAAAAGAGGUUUUGGUGACGUGAGUGUUUGGGUAAAUGCUUGUAUACCUGCUCGGAGAAGGUGUAUCACUGGUCUAAAUGGUUUAAAUGGUGGAUGAUGACAGUAUUAGAAACCCGAGGAGCUCAGUAUUUAACAUUCACUGUCAUUUCAAAACUGAUUUUGGAUACAGUUAAUGUUACAUGCAAAAGAGACUUAAGAACACACACAGUUUGACCUGUAUGAGUAAUUUUACUCUCUUCUACUGUUUAAUUCCUCCCAUCAGAAGCAAACUGUAACCUGAAAUGAGUGGGUGUGAUGCGUAAGGAGAACAUGGAGCUGAAGAUGAAUAAAAUUCACUGAUGUUGGCAAUUUU